AUGGGGGGGAGGCCCGGGAGGACUCAGGAGGGAGCGGAGCACACAGACACAGUGCACCGUCGAUGCCCCGAAGAGAUCGGGCCCCCUUCCAAAGACGGAGCCACGGGCGGAGGGUUGGGGUCGGAGCAGGUCAAGGAGCGUUUGAAGAACUCGCGCGCCGCAGCGUUUUUUUCCCUGCGGCUGCUGCCCCCCCAUUGGGCGCCCCUCGCCUCGGAGGAGAGGCCGGCGCGCCCCUCUGCGGCGGUGCUCUGCGCGGCGGCGCGGCUGCGCCGCCUGCGCGCCCCCGCCCCCCGAGGCUCUGUUCCACAGGAUACGAUGCGGAGUGUUGGUUUGGACCUCCCGUGGCCGUGGCACGGCAAGGCAAAAAGGAGCUCACCCUGCUGGGGUGCCUUCGGUCUGGCCCCUCUGCUUCUCGGCCCCGCUCGCGCAGGCAUGCGUGGGCGCGCCGCGGUGGACGGCGGUUGUACAGGAGGAGGCCGAGGGCGGAUGUCUCCAGAGCCUGCGCUGAUUCGUUUAGGCCUGGCUGAAAUACCAUCAGAGCAAAUUCUUCUUCUGAUGUCUUUGCUGAGUGUGAUCAUGCAUUGGACGUGUGCGUAUCUCGCGCUAUAUGGACGCGCUAAUCCUUGUAAUUCCUCAAAGGGUGCUUCAGGCCUCUGA